ACUUUCGAGUUGGGUUUAUAUUUCGGAUACAUGGCUUCAAAAACCCUUCAUAUAUUACUAAAAACAACGUUUAGAGGACGGAAAAAUAAUAAACAAGAGGCAGUGUGGGUUGUUGGUGGAUUAUCUAAAGGGAAUGAUGAAAUUCAAGGUCGACUAAAACCAAAAGAUCACAUGUUUUGAUCGCAUGUCGUACAUCAAGAUCAGAAACAAACAAGAAGUUCAGUACGUAGCUUAGUAUAAAAAAAUGGGUGCAGUAUGUGCAUGCCCACCAUGCAGGUCGUCGAGGGUGGACCAAGUCAAGGUGACGGUCAGCAGGCCUGGAAGUCGCCAGGGAAUGGACGAGAAUGGUCACACCAACAACAAAACAAAAAACGGUAAAGUGCGUGUCAAUAACUAUGUCAGCCCUCGAAGCAAUGGCGACCUAAAUCAUGAAAACAAAGCAAAGCGAGCUUCAAAGUCACAACCAACUCCUCUAAUACGAACAGAAACACAAGGUGAUUCUAAUACCAAGGACAUUAACGCCAAGGGAAACUCUACGGCGUCGGGAUCCGGAAUGCUUGGAGCAGGCCUCGAAGCGAGUUUCGCGUCCUUACGAAGGAGUUCGGCGACGCCUGAUUUAUUGAACAAAAACACAGGCGUAGAAGCUGGUGACAAUGUAAGAAGUAAGCCAAACAGCCCAGAUUCACGGUCAACGGUCUCAAGCUCGUCGCCACGACUGAAGAGACCCCCUACGGUUGAGUCGACGAGUGUGUCUAUACAAGAAUCUGAGAAUUUUACGCAAUUGAAUCAAUACAAACUAAUGGAUGAAAUAGGAAAGGGAUCUUAUGGUGUUGUAAGACUCUGUUACUCGGACUUUGAUCAAUCUAAUUAUGCCAUGAAGAUUAUUUCUAAGAAAAGAAUUAUACGAAAAGCAGGACUACGUAAACCUGGUGACCGAGGCAAAAAUCCAGGGCUUGAAAACCUUCAAAGAGAGAUAGCCAUACUAAAGAAAGUUGACCAUCCAAACGUCGUACGACUUUACGAGGUUUUAGAUGAUCCCGCGGAAGACAACCUUUAUUUAGUCUUCGAAUUGGUGGACAAAGGGGAAGUAAUGGAGGUCCCAGGCCCCAAGUUGUCUCAAGAGGUUGCGAGGAAUCAUUUUAGGGACCUGUUACUGGGAAUAGAAUACCUUCACUAUCAUAAAAUCGUUCACCGAGACAUCAAGCCGUCAAAUCUUCUUCUGGGUGACAACGGGAGAAUAAAAAUAGCGGACUUUGGGGUGUCGGAUGUGUUUGAAGGUGACGAUGCUUUCCUGUCGAAGACCGCUGGCUCCCCUGCUUUCAUGGCGCCUGAAUCGCUUCAAACAUCUCGCGAUAAGUAUUCUGGGAAGGCAGUGGACGUGUGGGCCAUGGGCAUCACUCUAUUUUGCUUUGUAUAUGGCAAGUGUCCGUUUGAAGAUGGCAACAGAAUGGCAUUAUACGAAAAGAUACGAAUACAGCAGUUAGAAUUCCCCGAAGAACCUGUUAUAAAUCCAAAACUAGAAGAUCUGCUAUUGCGACUGCUGAUUAAGGACCCAAAAGAGAGAAUAACAGUACCUGAAAUCAAAAUACAUCCCUGGGUAACGAGAGGAGGACGAGACCAUUUACCUUCCACAGCGGAAAACUGUUCAGUUAUCGAAAUCACUGAUGAAGAUAUAAGAAACAGCGUGCGAACGAUACCCAAAAUUAAAACCCUGAUUUUAGUAAAAAGUAUGAUAAAAUACAAAACGUUUGGUAGUCUUACAAAACUGGAGAGACUACGGUCGCAUUCACAACCAAAUAUCGCCGCCAUAUUGGAACAGAAACAAAUACUCGAAGAAAAAGAGACAUGAAGGAUAUGCCUGCUCUAAGACGCCUCGAGCCGAGAUGUACCCAUUCCUUCACGUAACAAAUGUAGCGUCAUGUAAUAAAUGCAGAAAUGUAACGUCAUUUCCACAGAACUGGAAUAAUGAAUAGGAUGGAAUUGUUUUUAACCAGAAUGCGAGGAUAUUUUUUUAACAGUUUUUAAUUUAGUAGUACUUAGUACAGAGUUGUCUUUAUUUUUUAGAAAAAUAUGACAACCCAAAAUACAAUUUUUUAGAAUUUUUUUAUUCCAGGGAGCAAUAGUGUACAUAAAAGUCUUAGCUCAGACGUCAAGUUCUCCUUUAUCUUUCUUUUUCCUUUCCAAAUUCUCUCCCUGUCUCUAAGUUUCUCUCUAAAAUACCAAUCAGUACAAAGUAUGCGUUUUAAAAUAAUGAAUUAUAAAACACAUUUAAGACUAGAAUCUUUCGGACCUCGGCUCAUUAACAGAUCCUGGCAAAAAUUAAGGUUUCUGAAUUUUUAGUCGCAAAAUACAAUAGCCUGAGCUCCUCUUGGUCAGCAGUGAUGUCUCUAUCGCUGACCAGCAGAAGCGCAGACUCUAAGAACGAGAUUCCAUGUUUACGAACUUAGCGGACAUGCGCGCAUGUCUCCAAUUCAUCAAUGCUGACCAGGAGCACCGCUGGCUCUAGGAACAAAAACUACGACGUUGACGAAAGAGCAGGAGAAAUCUUUAGUAGCUCAUCAAUAUCGAAAUAUUUGAACUCGAGAAUCUGCAGAUUGGCUAAAAUACUGUUUCUUAAUAACCAAUCAGAUUUGCCAUCUUAUCUGAUUGGCUAUCGGAAUUGGAAUCUAGUCAUCUAGAAAUCCACUGCUUUUCUAUUACAAAAUCUUUGURAUGCAGAGAUUUUUACAACUCGAAAGCUUUUAUUUUUGUAUCAAUUAUUUUUAAUUUUUCUGCCGCACAUUUCAGUCGCAGUCGAUGAUAUAAUCACUCCACAGGUACCCCAAACAUACCUUUUAGGCUCAAUCAAUGUUUCGGUUUAUAUUGACGUACUUUUUUUCGAAAAUUCAAAUUCAAAUAUGAAAUCAGCCGAAAUAUUUAUUUAGGACAAAGAGGGCUGGCUUGGGCUUCCUGUGGUCAUUCCUGGGUUUACAUAAAUUCUUAGAUUUUUUAACUUACGUAUGAAUAAUACUAGAAAAUUAAUGAUUAUAGUAAAAUAGAAUUUCAGCAUAUCUAAUAUAAUUAUUACGCACAAUAUCACGAAAAUAUUUGUACAAUAUUCUAGAAUUAUAAUUAUGUAUUAUA